UGCCAAUCAUUAUAUUAUAUUAUGCCAAGCAGUAUUGUGGUGUGUAUUUAAAACAACGUGCGACCGUACCGAGGAAAGUUGAUUUUUGUGUUUUAAGUUUUUAAGCAAAAAAAAAAAAAACAUUUAUGUACUUUGAAAUUUCUGUAUAAUACUAUAACGUUAGACUGACGUAAAAAAAGGCAAACAUGACACGGAUAUAUUGGCUUCUGUUCGGAUUGAUUAGCAGAUUGAACGCCGCUGAAAUAUUAGCUGUAAGCCCAAUAGCAGCAGCCAGCCAUUGGAACGUGAUGAGCUCUGUACUCGAAGCGCUUGUGGCUCGAGGUCAUAAAAUUACUGUUGUGUCUCCUUUCCCGAGAAAGACUCCUCAUGAAAACUACACGCAUGUCGACAUAUCUAAAUAUGUACCAUUUGCUAUAGCCCAACCUUGGGAUAAGGUGAUCGGAGUGUUUAAGCCUCCGACAGCUUGCUUGAAGUUCUUGAACGAAAAUCAACAGCACACGUGCGAAACAACAUACAACCUACCGGAAUUCCGACAAGUGCUACAAAGCAAACGGUUCGACGUUGUGAUAACCGAACUGUUGGCAUCGCGGUGUGAUUUGUACUUGGCCAGCCAUCUCGGCAUACCCCAGGUGACGAUCAUGUCGAGCCAGAUGCUCACCUGGUACCAGGACUACUUCGACAGCCCGUCGAUCCCGUCGUACUUGACUCCUCUGAACUCACCCUAUCCCAAACCGGAAACAUUCUUCCAGAGAUUUUGGAGUCUGGUCGACUAUUCGUCCAUAAGUCUAUACUUCAAGCACAUCGAUUCGGGAGCAACCCAGAUGGGCCGCAAGUAUUUCGGCGACGACCAACCGGACGCCGAAGCCCUGCUACGAAACGUUUCCAUUGUUUUCAUGAACACCCACUCCAGUUUUGAUCUGCAUAAGCCGAUGGCCACCAACUUUGUGGAAGUCGGUGGCAUACACUUGAAGCCGCAAAAGCCAUUGCCCAUAGAUAUCCAGAAAGUAAUCGAUAAUGCUGAGCACGGAGUCAUAUACUUCAACCUGGGCUCUGUGACCAGGAUGCAAGACAUGCCAAUACACAUCCAGAAUGCGAUCAAAGAAGGAGUUGCAGAAUUGCCUCAGACGAUUUUGUGGAAAUUCGAAACGGACGAGCCGAUGGACGGACAACCAAAGAAUGUAUUCACUAAGAAAUGGUUUCCCCAGUACGACGUCAUACGUCAUCCAAAUGUCAAACUAUUCAUAACUCACGGAGGUAAUUCCGGCACCAUCGAAGCGAUUAGCGCGGGCGUUCCCGUGUUGGGUUUCCCGUUGUAUUUUGACCAGCCAAGGAAUUUGAAGCUGUUCGAGUAUUGGGGAUCUGGUCUUUAUGUCGACUAUAGUAACUUCACAAAAGAGGAUUUCGUACAUAAGAUCAAACGAAUUAUUAGCGACCAAAAAUUUAAAGAAAAUGCCGUACAACUGUCUCGGAGAUUCCAUGACCGACCUUCGAGUCCUCAAGAUUUGGUCGUUUACUGGAUGGAAUAUGUGUUGAGACAUGGCGGUGCGCACCAUCUCAAGUCACACGCGGUCGAUACGCCAUGGAUGCAGUAUUUCAUGUUAGAUUUCAUGGGAUUGGCCGCCGUCGCCAUUUUGUCGCUAUCGUAUUUCUUCUAUAGCGUUUUUAUGUUUUUCAAAAAAAGUUCAUUUUUAUUGAAGUACAAAAACGAAUGAAAACAAACACCGGCUAUAAUUAUUGUAAUAAUUAAUGGUAUCGUGUGAAAAACACGAUCGGUAGGUACUUAUUUAACAAUACAAUAUUUUAAAACUACAUCUCGCUCCUUAAACGUUGUGCGGUUAAUAUUAAACUUAAGGGGCUGUGUGUAGGCAAUUUAAAGUGUUCUUAAUUUUUUCAUUUUUCAUUUUUUCCAUCAUUGUACCUGCACGAUUAUGUUAAUCGGCUAUAAAAUGUUUGUUGUUGUUUAUUAUAAACAAUUAUUAUCGAAGUCGAUUACAAAAUGUAUGUAAAUGUAAUUUUCAGCUUUAAUUAAUGUCGGGCGUCUGUUUUAAUCAUUAUUAUCAUACCGUGCUUUAUUGUGAUGUUUUUGCAGUAAAUCCGAAGGUUUUUAAUAUUUUCUAAUUAAUAAUCGCUUUAAUUUAUUCUAUAAAAUAACGUUUAACGCGCGCGCGUGUAUAGAACGAAAAUUUUCAUUAAAAAAGGACUCGACUGUAUUAACAGCAGCUAUAAUUAUUAUUGUUGACUGUGUAUUGUGUGAUGUGAAACUGUAGCUGAUUGACGUGCAUAUUGUAGAAUUAUAUUAAGUCUAAAUAGGGUACUACCCAACACUAAUAUAACGUAGCUGUGCAGAUUAAAUGGAAUUCAAAUUGAACCCGUGUUUGAAGAAUUCCUGCGAAAGGCCGGUUCGUAUAGUCGCAUGUCUUUCGCGUGCGGCCUUUCUUUAGGAAAAUUCCUAGAAUAAUAACGCCGCCCGAAUACCUAAACUGAUGUACAGAAAUUACAUUUAAUUUGAAUAAAAAUGCGAUGGAAGUAUAAAUUAUAAAAAAUAAUAACCGUAUUCCAAGAAAGUUCGGAAUUCCAACCUCGGCAUCACAAUUAUAUUGUAAUACCUGUACCUUUUUUGUUUCGAAUUCCAAUUCGCAGCACAACGAAAAAUAAUGAAAAAAAUGUGUUAUUUUUUACUUGGAAAUCUUAGAAAACUAAACCAUAUUAUACCAGAUAUAUAUUAUAUCAGAUCCCUAGCUCAACUCAAAUUCUUAAAGCUAAAAUAUGACAUCUAAAUAUCGUUUCUUUGGAUUUCUUAUUGAAAAUUGCCUUUACCAAGUUACAGCCCAUUGAUAACAUUGAUAACAAAAAUGUUAUCACAAAAAAUGAUAGAUUUUCGAGUGUCAUAUUUUAUCUUUAGUGUAUUGUUUUUUUUUAGUUGUAAAAACGUCUAUUAGUUUUCAAAAAUGUUUUUCUGUAUUUUUGAAUGAAAAAUCAAAUCAUGAAGAAAUACUUGGAGUCGACCUUGGGAUCUGAUAUAUUCUCAUUUGAAUAAGCUACUAUAGGUUGAAAUUUCAGGCACAAAUUCCUGUCAA